UAGCUCUCAUUAACUGAGUGUCACUGCCACCUGUUUAGAUUCUUUCUCUCUCUCUUUCUCUCUCUACCCUAUUGUUCUUUUCUUCUUUCAUAAAGUCUAGUCCCAAUACUCAAGUGGGUUUGUUCUAUUCACAAUAAGGAAUUGGAUUAGAUAAAAAAAACUCAUAGAAAGAGAGAGAGAGAGAGAAAGAUCAGUUUAGGGGUCCUCUCUUAUCUUUAGAGUGUUCCAAUUGAGAGAAAACAAAUGUUUCCAGCUUCAGUAGUCAUGUCUAAUUCAACAACAUCUUUGUCAACUGAAGAACCUGCUGUCGUUAACCUUUCUUCUGGUAAUUCUAGGGUCUAUGAUUUCCCAAUCUGCUUAAACCCAAUGCAGCCCACCAAGAGGAAGCGAAAUCUCCCCGGAAAUCCAGACCCUGAUGCAGAAGUGAUAGCAUUAUCACCAAAGACACUAUUGGCGACAAACAGAUUUGUGUGUGAGAUCUGCAACAAGGGUUUUCAGAGGGAUCAGAAUCUUCAACUUCACAGAAGAGGACACAAUCUACCAUGGAAACUAAAGCAAAGGUCGAAUGGAAGAGAGAAUAGUAAAAGAGUUUAUGUCUGCCCAGAAACGAGCUGUGUCCACCACCAUCCUUCGAGGGCACUUGGGGACCUCACUGGGAUAAAGAAGCAUUACUGUAGAAAACAUGGCGAAAAGAAGUGGAAAUGUGAAAAGUGUUCAAAGAUCUAUGCGGUUCAAUCCGAUUGGAAGGCUCAUUCUAAGACUUGUGGCACCAGAGAGUAUAGAUGUGAUUGUGGAACUCUCUUCUCGAGGAAGGAUAGCUUUGUGACCCAUAGAGCAUUCUGUGAUGCAUUAGCAGAAGAAAGUGCAAGACUAUCAGCAGCCAAUCAACUUGGAAUGCUAAUUCCCUCUUCUUCAAAUUCAAAUUCAAACCACCAAAUUCAUCAAGAAUCUCUACAUAAUUUCCACCCUCAAAAUAUCAUUCCAAACCCUAACCAACUCAAACUACACCACCACUACCCACUCAUCAACUUCCAAUCCCUACCACCAAUGAUCAACACCAACAACAACAUUCAUCAAUCUCUUUCAAACCCUAAUCCAUUUUUCAACCAACCAUAUUCCAUCCCAAUCAAGCCCGAAUCCAUCAACCUUCCCAUCCCCCAAUAUCCUUAUUUUCACGAGCCUCUAAUCCCCCCGACAAAGUUUGUCGAUGAAGUCAUCGUCACAUCAUCCCCCCACCUAUCCGCAACCGCCCUCCUCCAGAAAGCGACUGUUUUCGGACCGAAGCAGGUUGGUUGCACCGCACCCACGAUGGCUAAGUUAGAGUGGCAGUCGACGACGAAUGAUCAUAAGCUGACUAGGGAUUUCCUUGGUUUGACUGGGGAUGGAUCGGGUAUUAAUGAAAAUGGAAGUGUUGAUGUUAACAUGAAUAGGAGGGAUUUUCUAACGUAUGCAAGGGGGGUAGAGUUUUUGCCGGAGUCGAACGUGACCAUUGUUGGAUUUGGAGAAGACCUUCCAUAUAAUCGUGACCCUUCAUCAAAGCCAACUUGCUAGCUUGGAAUAGUAUUAUUAUAUGGCCUUUUUGGUUAAUUUAUCAUGUCUUCUUUUCUUCCAUUUCCAUAAAUGAAACUUAGAUUGUUCAUUUUUUAAGACAUUGUUUCCUUCUUUUUGUUAUAUUUGGUUGCUUAUUAUAAGGAUUAUCAAAUUUUCAGAGUUAAUGAGUUUGGGAUGUUAUGUAGAUGUUGUGAUGUCUAAUAAUUGGUAGUUAAGUUUA